UAAGAUCUGUCUUUUGUGGCUUCGCAAUGGCCACGAACUGGGGCUUAAGCAGGCUGGUGCUGGUGGGCGACCCGAAGCAACUGCGGCCCAUCUCAAGCUUCAACAGCCACAAGUUCUCGCAGGAGGAUUUGGAUGUGCUGGCACCUUUUGCUCAAGAGCGCCAAAGCGUGUUCGAGGCCUUUCAGCGCCACAGACGCCCCUGCAUGCUGCAGGUGCAGUACCGCAUGCAGCCUGAGCUUUGCACGUACCCCUCUGAGCGGUUCUACGACGGAGAGCUGGUGACUGCACCAUCAUUGGCCAGGCGCCCGAUGGCGGUGGGUGAUGGCUUUGUCUUCAAGGAGGGCACCUCGGGGCACCCGGUGAUCUUUGUGGACACCUGCGAUUUGGGCGGCAGCGAGGAGCAGGUGCGUUUGGGCGGCAGCAUUUCGCUGCAAAACCGCCUUGAAGCGCGUGUGGUCUCUAUGCUCCUUCAGGGCUUCCAGGAGGCCGGCGUGGAAUCCUCGAGGCUGAGUGUGAUCUCCGCCUACUCGGGGCAGAACAGCCUCCUGGCCCAGGUCCUGCACGGCGCGAGCCCCGCCGAGCGGCUCUACCAGCGCAAGAUGCGGUCCAUGCUCAUCCGGAGGAAGGGCAUCGACCCCCUGGAGCGGGAAGCACAUCCCCGCAUCGGCACCGUGGAUGGCUUCCAGGGCAACGAGAAUGACUUCAUCAUUUUCAGCGCCGUGAGAAGCAGUCCACAGGGCACUUGCGGCUUCCUGGCGGAUCGGCACAGGCUUUGCGUGCUACUCACGCGCGCCCGUCAUGGCCUGGUCGUGGUGGGGGACAGCUCAACACUCCAGCGCGACCCGGAGUGGGCGGCCUGGCUCCAGGCAGAAAAGCAAGUGGUUACGGUGGACGCGGCCGUUCUGCAAGGCAGGAACUAAAGGGCUCGACUGGAAGUGAAGUCACGAACUUGAUGCGCGGUUAGGUGGGAGAGCUAAUGUUUGAUUGGUGU